AUGAGUGGCGGUGCUAAUGUCAUAGGCAAUAAACCCGCAGGCGGUAACGUCAUCGGCAACAGUCCAGCAGGUGGGAACAAACUCAUGAGUGGCGGUGCUAAUAUCAUCGGCAACAAACCCAGUGGCGAGUCCAGCGAUACAGAUACCUCUGACGGGAAGAACACAUCAGUGGCGACCAGUGAAGCGGCUGGGGCCAAGACCAAUACAUCACCGAACAACGGCACCUCCAGCCCUGGCAGUGGGCUGGGCAGUACCGUGGCGUCUCAGGCACUCAGUGUGAACCGACCGGCGCUGAUGGGCAAGAAGUCGUCCGACAGUAACCUGUUAAGCAGCACAUCGACCGGGGCUGCGCCGGGGAUGAGAGCUCGCAAUGCAAGUACUCAGAUAAACCGGCCGGUGAGUGCCGGUGGGCUGCUGCGGAGUCAGAGCAAUGAUCCGGUAAUGCGCACCAACUCAGCGCCUAUCCGGGGAAUACUGAAGUAUCCAACCAGCGCUGCGGACAAGGCCAAAUUCGCCGCGAGCCUGAAUGUACCGGAUCACUCCGGUAGUACGUCCCCCAUACAUCCGUCACCUUUAGCCAAUUCAGCGAUGAACAGAAAACACAGCGACAAGUCAAUGAGCUCCACUGAUGGUGCCACCUCGGUGACGAUCACACACACCAGAGCGUCUGGGGUCCAAGAACCUAGCGAAGUUACAGCGCUUCUGAAAAGGUUA